AUGACAGGUCAAAUUUCCGACUUAGUGAAGCGGUUCAAGUUCCUAUGUAAGAACUUCCCAGAUAAGUCAGAAGCUGUUGCAGCUAUAGAAGUUCUUGCCCAACUUCUGGAAUGUCCAGACAUUACAACUGUCCAGGGACUCUACGAUGUGAUGAAUGCUGCUAUAGCACGCAUGUGGGAUGAGGGCGUUAGCAAUCUUUCAGUUAUAUCGGCGUGUGAACUCUUCCAACGCUUUAUCACUCUGGCGACGCUGGACACGGUUGGUUUCGAUGAAUGCAAGAAGGUACUUUCUAAUAGGGCUCAAAUAUUUAUCAGGAAAGUCGGAUCAUGCAGACAGCAAAUAGCAGAGAAUUUCCUCAAUUACAUUCCGAAUGGAUCGGUAAUAUUCUUACACUCUUACUCUCGUGUUGUUCUCGCUGCACUGGCGUAUGCUGCAACUACUCAAAAACGUCUUCACUGUUAUGUGACAACAUGUGCACCUAGUGGAUUGGGAGCAAAAAUGACAAAAGCCUUAGCUAAAUUGAAAAUUUCAUGUACCCUUGUACCAGAUACUUCUCUUGCUUAUUUAAUGCCACAAGUUGACUUUGUUGUUCUAGGCGCUGAAGCUGUUGUAGAAAGUGGUGGGAUAUUGAAUAUGCUUGGUUCUUCACUCAUUUCAAUGACAGCCUCCUCGUUUGGCAGGCCAGUUUAUGUUCUUGCUGAAUCAUUUAAAUUUAUUCGAUGUUAUCCCCUGGAUCAACGGCAUAUCCCAGAUGAAUUUAAAUGGUCGUGUGAUAGUGAAUAUAAAUCAUCAUCACCAUCGCCUAUGUCUAAUUUAAGAGAUGGAAAUGCCUUCUGUCCAACUGAUAGCGAUAAAGAAGAGUGUGAUUUUCCAGAAAUGAAAACAGCAUGGGCCGCUGUUGAAGCUCAACGGGUUUCUAUCAUUGAACAGAAAAUGCCUCGUGUUGACUACACAAGUCCAUGUUAUAUCACCUAUUUGAUAACAGAUCUUGGUGUGCUGACACCUUCAGCUGUCAGUGAUGAAUUAAUUAAAUUGUACUUGUAA